AUGAAACGAGAGCGGCCGUGGUUGUGGGUCGUCUACGUGCUCUGCAUCUUGAUCCCUAUUAUUCUCAUCGGUGUGUGCUGCUUCGGGCGCAAAUCCAAUGCUGACUAUGCCGCUGAAAGGAAGAAGACAGAUGCCCCCGAUCUUGAUGACGAGGUGCCCAACUUGGUUGACGACGAGGAAGACGAGAAGGACUUGGAUGAAGCUGAGAUGGAAGAGGCUGAGAAAAGUUCUGAAGGAAAACGUAGUCCACAUGGAUCGCCGAAGGCAGAGAAAGGCGCUGGGGAUUUGGAGGACGAAGAGGGCAGCAACAGCGAACCCGAGGUGGUGAACGUCGAAGCAGAAGAGGCUGGACCAUCAGCUCCCAAGAAGUCACCAACCGUCACAAAGAGGCGUGUUCGUAGGCAAGAUUAA